AUGACAUUAAAGAAUAAACUGGUUGAAUUAGAGGAGGAGAAAGGACAUUUACAAUUAAAACUGGUUGAUUAUGAUGAGCAAAAAUCUGUGCAGGCCCAACUAGAAGUUAAGUUAAGUCAUUUACUGGAGGAGAAAGAGAAAUUAUCAAGUGAAAUAAGAGAACUGCAGUCUAAUCUCCAUGUAACUAAUGAUGAAAGAGAAAAAUUAAGUCAGAUUGUAACUGACUUACAAUGUAGUGUAGAUGAGAACCAAGUUCAACAUGAUUUAAGUCAGUCUGGACUGAUCACUAGUUUACAACAGGAGGUAGAGAAAAUUAGAGCGAAGAAGGAUCAGUUAGAGAAAGAUGUAGACGAAGGCAGGUGUAAGAUUAUAAAGCUUGAAGAAGAGAACAAAGCUAAUCAGGAAAAUAAAUUACAAAAAGAAACUGAUAUUAUACAAGAACUGGAGACAUCAUUAGAAAAUUCAGAAACAGAAUUGACUUCACUAAAACAAGAAUAUUCUGAAUUGAAAGCAAAGUCUGAAAAUUUGAAAAGGGAUAAGUUUGAAAGUAUAAAACUGAAGAUGACAUUUAAAAAGCUUUUUGCUUUCAUAAACAUAACACAGUUUAGCCAAGAGGAUUAA